GGAAAACAAUAAAAGAUACUACAGAUUUAUAUUUAUACAGAUUUAUAUGUAUAUAUCCAGUAACAUAAGCUACACUAACACUAAUUAGCCACAUAGUUCAGAUUAAAAUCUAACAUGAUGCAUUCAAGUCUGACAGCAUGUGUAAAAGUUUCAAGGGUGUAAAACCUUUUGCAGUGGCAGUAUCUGUAUUAAAAUGAACUUGAUGCCGUUUGUGUCUCUGUUCCUGCUUCUGCUCGUUUCUUCAGUUAUUUUCUGAAUGACUCCCCCCCUCCUCGGGGUCAAUCCAUGGGAAAAGAAAGUUUUCCUGCAGCCCUGAGAGAAAUCCAGUUAUUUUCGGACAACACGUCACCGGUUUUAGUUGCAGCCCAGAAACUUCUUUCCAUCAUCCAGCUCGCUUUCUUCCCUCUCUCUCUCUCUAUGAACUUGUUGCACAGCUGUGUUGUUCCCCGUUCUCACGCACGGCGCCGCACGCCCGCAGCGGCGCACACAUGAGCGGGCAGCUUGAGGAAACGUCAGCAGGUUUCGGCUCGCUGCGUGACAUUGCGGUGCCCGUUUUCCUUUCAGCGAACGACUCAAGGAUGGACGCGUGACGCACCGAGCCACAGGUAUUCAUUUAGCGGGGGAUCGUUGAGGAUUUCUGCGGGAUUUUUUCAAAAAAAUGUUUGCAUGAAAUCUCUUCCAUUUUUGGAGGUUUAUUCCUCAAGAUGCAUGGUUAUUUUUUGGAGCGUAAACAGCGACCCAUGUGAUAACCUUGAACCAACAGGUUCAUUACGCACGACACUUUAUGUCGGAAAAUACAGUUUUUUCUCAAUUGUGACUCAUUUAUGGUCAUGAAAUCAGAUUAAUCUCGAGCAUAUGUGCUUGCAUGUGUGUUUUUAUUUCCUCCUCAGUGAGGGAGCGUGCACACACGUCAGCUCGGGGAGGGCAAAGCCUGCUUAAAAUGCAGCGAAUGUGACAGCCGAGCCCACAGUCCAGACUACAGCAGCGCCUGGACUGGAAAGGUGAAGCGGGGCGGGGGCGGGGGGCACCAGCAGCAUGACCGUGGUGCCCGGGGAGAACCUGGAUGAGACGGUGGCACUGGCCGCGCUGUCCGCCCAGGAUGUGUACGACCCGGAGCGAGCCGACAACCAGGAGUGCUGCGAGCGGGUGGUCAUCAACAUCUCCGGGCUGCGCUUCGAGACGCAGCUGAAGACCCUGGCCCAGUUCCCCGCCACUCUGCUGGGGGACCCGCGCAAAAGGAUGCGGUUCUUCGAUCCGCUCAGGAACGAGUACUUCUUUGACCGGAACCGACCCAGCUUCGAUGCCAUCCUGUACUACUACCAGUCUGGCGGACGGCUCCGGAGACCCGUCAACGUGCCGGUGGACAUCUUCAUGGAGGAGAUCAAGUUCUAUGAGCUGGGGGAGGAGGUAAUCGAGAACUUUAAGGAGGAUGAAGGGUUCAUCAAGGAGGAGGAGCGGCCGCUGCCUGAGAACGAGUUCCAGCGGCAGGUCUGGCUCCUGUUCGAGUACCCCGAGAGCUCCGGACCCGCUCGGGGCAUCGCCAUCGUCUCUGUGCUGGUCAUCCUCAUCUCCAUCGUCAUCUUCUGCUUGGAGACCUUACCCGAGUUCAGGGAGGAGGCCCGGAUCUUUGAUGGGAUGAUUCCGACAAACGGCACCGCGGGCGCCGAGCCACAGAACCCGUUCACGGACCCAUUCUUCAUUGUGGAGACGCUCUGCAUCAUCUGGUUCUCCUUCGAGCUGCUGGUCCGGUUCCUCGCCUGCCCCAGCAAGCCCGCCUUCUUCAAGAACAUCAUGAACACCAUCGACAUCGUGGCCAUCAUGCCCUACUUCAUCACGCUGGGGCUGGAGCUGGCGGAGCACCAGGGCAACGGCCAGCAGGCCAUGUCGCUGGCCAUACUAAGGGUCAUCCGCCUGGUCCGGGUCUUCCGCAUCUUCAAGCUCUCACGGCACUCCAAGGGGCUGCAGAUCCUGGGGAAGACGCUGCAGGCCAGCAUGCGGGAACUGGGCCUCCUCAUCUUCUUCCUCUUCAUCGGGGUCAUCCUCUUCUCCAGCGCCGUGUACUUCGCGGAGACCGACGACCCGGAGUCGGGCUUCAGCAGCAUCCCGGACGCCUUCUGGUGGGCCGUGGUUUCCAUGACGACGGUGGGCUACGGCGACAUGUGUCCAGUGACCAUCGGUGGGAAGAUCGUGGGCUCCCUGUGCGCCAUCGCCGGAGUCCUGACCAUCGCGCUUCCGGUUCCGGUCAUCGUCUCCAACUUCAACUACUUCUACCACCGGGAGACCGAGCACGAGGAGCAGUUCCAGUACACGCACGUGACCUGCGGGCAGCAGCAGGCGCCGUUCGGCGAGUUCAAGCGGAGCGACAGCCGGCCGUCGCUGUCCAAGUCCGACUACCCGGACAGCGAGGACGCGGACUCCGUCAAGUACACGAACUGCAGCCCGCACAAGGCGUACGGCGGGAAGCUGACGGACGUCUGAGGCGCCUUGUUUCCGCCAUCAGAGGGAAUGUUUUCAGUUGGAUCCCCUCUCCACUCCCGACACGGUCUUCCAUCCAGCAGGACAACUGAUCAGCCUCUGUAGCACUUUACUGUCAUUAGUGAGCAGCUUUAAGGUUUACAUUCUUCUGACACGGGACCAAAUUAAAACUCAGUUUUAAACUUAAAAAAAAAAAGCCUGCGAGACAACACGCAGGGUUAGGAGUAAGAAAAAACAAAAACAAGAAAACCCUCAUUGAAUUAAACACAACAAAUCUGACGUGAAGCUUUUUCCAAUACAACACCGCCAUCGUGUGGUCAAAGCGGCUCACUGCGCCGCCGUGGCAGAUGCAGUUUCCAUGGCAACCUUCCAGACUUUUCUGUUGUUGUCUGGUGCAGGAGCAAAAAGUGAGGAGGCUCCAAACCACCAUGUUGUGGAAACAUCCAUGUUAUUAAAAAAAAAAAAACAACACAAAAACUGAGAUGCUCAGCAGCUAAUUACUAAAGACAAGUUAAAAGAAAUUAUUAACUACAAUAAAAUACUAAGAUUAUAGUUACAGCAGCAAUUUAAUACAUUAACAGUUCAGUUUUAGAUGUUUCAGAGCUCAACCUCGUCUAUCGUGGAUAUAAAUAUGUUCAAAAAGAUAAUUUAAAGAAAAAUAUAUAAAGUAAGACAUUAAAAUAAAAAAUCAAGUAUUAACAGAAAAUACUAAAUUAUAUUCACGCUUUAUAGUUGUACAGUAGCACAAAAAGGUUAAAAAUAGAAACAUAAAUUGUAAUACGUAAAUUAAAAUGAAAUAUAAUUUUUUUUAGGGGAUUUUAAGAUAAAAUGCAAAUCAAGAACUAGUUUAAACUAUUAAAUUUAAUCUAUUUAAAUGAGUUCAAGUCUGAAAAGCUAUCAAACUUUUCAACAAAUCAUUGCACUGCUAAAUAUUUUGGGUUCUAAAAUAAUAAUGAAUAAUAAUUUAAGUUUAAUGCACAAAAAAACAAGAAUGCAUGAAGAAAUUGGGAAACAAAACAUCAUAGGAUUUUCCUUUAACGGAGUUAAGAAAUAAUAUUUUUUUAAAAAUCCCAAGCUCAAAUAGUUUUUCAAAAAUAAAUUUAAAGUAUUUAAAAUAAAAAGAUCAGUCUCUUGCUUUCAUAGAGAUCCCCAGCGGUUCUGAUCCAUACCUGAUCCAAGCUGAAGGCCCUUCAGUGUUGGAGCUUCCUGGUCCAGCUGCACCUGGACUCACCUGGACAGCGGGCGGAGCAGGCGGAGCUGCUGGAGACAAAAACAGAGGAUUUUUAACAAGCUGACGGAGUAAAAACCUUCGCUGGAGUUUAUCAGACUGAUGGAUGCUUGAAGGAAAAGUCCGACGGCUCUUCAGCUCAUACAAACAUUCGGUUCUGGUCCCACAAGGGAAAGAUUGACGAACCUCACUAACCCACUCCAGCUGCCACCAUCCUCCUCAUCCUCUCCAGCUUCUCUCCUCGGAUGAAGAAAAAAAAAAACAAAGCUUGGAUUAAAUACAAAAACAAAACUUCACGAGAAACUCGGCUUACUCUCGGAUUUUUACAGAGCACAGACUCUGAGGUACGAAUCAAACGUUACUUGAAUCAUCAGCUAUGUCCUGCGUAUACUUAGAUGUUGUUUGGGAGGUUUCUCCUGUUGCUGUAGAGAACAAGAACUUGUUGUUGCUGUCUGUAUGUCGCAUAUCAUAUCCAAACCAAAUCACUGCAUGCUUGGAAAGUAGAGCAUGUAAACAGAAGAAACGUGGGAACAACAUCGACAGCUCGCAGAUACGGAGAAGUUAUCCUGUCAGACAGAUGACUUUAGUUUUUUAAAGUAUCAUACUAUAUAUGUUUUAUACUGGGAGGUUGACAUGGUGAAUUAUUUUGUAGAUUUUUAACUUUCUUUUUUUUUGCCUUGGUGAAAACAAAGCAGCUCCAGCAGGCAACUCUGAUGAACAUGUCUGCACCAGUGGGAGGAAAAAUGGGGGUAAAAGUGUGAAAAUGCAUUAAAUCCAGACAUCCGUUUAUAUCUGAAUGUUUCUGUUUGGAUCUCUGAUCAGAAUGCUGUAUUCCUGAUUUAUCACUACCUCAGUGUCAUCUCACUGAAAAAAUAAGCUUUAACACCUGAAGGACUGAUUAUUGUCACGAACACCGCUCAAGUUAUCUAAAAUGUUCUCAAUUUAACCUCUAAAAUAUACAAAGAACUAAACUAUAAAGAUGUUUUCACCUUGAUAUCAGGUAGAAAAGCACAUUUAGAGAAACUUAAUGAGCCUCAGAUGUCCAGCCUGGGUGAGAAAAGUAGCUUUUUUGCACAUUGUUUUGUUUUUGCAUUUUCUAUUAGGUUAAAAGGCAAUAAGGUCCUGCAGAGUGGCUCUGCCUGUCUUCAACAUUUAACAAGAAAUCAGUCCAGCACAAAUUUGAAUUUUAAAUAUAUCUGAAAUUUGGGAAGACAAAUAAACUGGGGAACUGUAGCACUUUUUAAUAUUGCUCAAAUUUCUCUCAAAUUAUCUAAAAGAUUCACAUUUAUUUGGAGCACGAUGAGCUGCAGGUGGAAACAAACCCCCAAGAUGGCAGUGUUUUUCUUUGUGGUUCAUUUUUAGCUUCUUAACUUUUAUUUCAAAAUAUUUGAGAUUUAAAAAUAUAAAAACAAAACGACUGACACAUUUAUGUGUCAGUCAUAAAUGUUAACUACUUUCGGUUUCCCUCUGCAACGAAGCUGAAAAUAAAUAAAAACUCAUUUGAGAAAUAUUGGAUCUAAAAUGCUGGGAGAAUUUUAAGCUUUUGUUAAUUAAAUCACUGUUUCUCAGCAUAAUACUGAAAAU